AUGGACGAGCAACUUCGAUUAAAGGUGUAUCGGCUUCUAGCCUAUUCGGCUGUCAGUGUUGCAGUUCUCGCCUUUUUAUCCGUUAGCAUUUCACUACCAAUCGUCUACAACUACAUUGAGCAUGUGAAACGGUCAACGAAAAAUGAGGUUCACUUCUGCAAGCGAUCGGCCAAGGAUAUCCUUGAUGAAAUUGAUCACAUUAGAAUGGUGCCUGCCAACCGUACGAUUCGCCAGUCUGGUUACGGUCCAUAUGACGCAGCUGUUGAGGGAGAUUACGGAAGCAGUUGUGAAUCUUGUUGCCUUCCUGGACCUCCAGGGGCUGAAGGGCCUCCAGGAAGACCGGGCCGUCCUGGAAAGCCAGGCGCACCCGGUUUCCCUGGUGCACCUGGACGUCCGCCGCAGAAGCCCUGUGAUCCAAUCACACCUCCGCCGUGUCGCCCAUGCCCACAAGGGCCUCCUGGGCCACCAGGACCGCAGGGACCACCUGGAAGUCCUGGAGAAAUGGGUGAGCCAGGGGAGCGCGGAAGCGACGGUGCACAAGGCCCUCCGGGUCCAAAAGGACCACCAGGUGCCAUCGGAGCGCCUGGAGCACCAGGAAAGCCAGGUCCACCUGGCGACGACGCAAUCACCGAAGGUAUCGUGCCGGGACAACAGGGACCACCUGGUCCACCGGGUCCACCAGGUCCGCCAGGAAUGGAUGGUCUACCGGGAGCUCAAGGACCACCAGGACCCCCAGGGCCAAAGGGCCCACCAGGUCCUCGCGGCGAAGUGGGGGAGCCAGGUAUCGAUGGACAGCCUGGAAAAGCUGGAGCACCUGGAAAAGCAGGAGAAACUGGAAUAUGCCCCAAGUAUUGCGCCAUCGAUGGAGGAGUCUUCUUCGAGGAUGGUACACGGCGAUAA